AUGUCUCAAAGUAGUAAACAAAAAUCCAAAGUGCUUGUACCACCUGUUGAAAGACAAGAAUCAAUGAGUUCUUCAACAUUCGAAUUAUACAAAACAAACAUAUCUAGUGAAGAAAAUCCUAAAAGCACUGAAGGCACCAGGGGGUAUAGCAGUUCUGAAAAUACUGAAGGUACUGGAAAUGCUGGUGGUCCUGGAGGACGAGGUAUAUCACCUGUUUGGUUGUUUUUUGAACGAGGAAAAUCUAGUUCAGCUGGACAUUAUUCAGCAAAAUGUUCGUAUUGUGCAUCUAAAUGGGCAAGAGGUGAGCCACAAAAACUUGAGGCUCAUCUUGCACUUGAAUGUGCUUAUGUAGAUGAUGAAGUUCGGCAAAUAUAUUUACUUCGUGUAUCUAACCGUGAUCAGUCAAAUGAAGCAGAAUCUGAUAUUCAAACAGUUUUAAAAAAACAAAAAAUAAACAAGCAGUCUAGUAUUUCAAAGUUUUUUCCACAAUCAGGAGGUGGUUUAUCUGAAGCACGAAUAAAUGCUAUAAAUAGCUCAUUGUUAAAGGCCUUUGUAGUUUGUGGCAUUCCAUUUUCAGUGGUUGAAAAUCCAUUUUUUAUCGACCUUCUUCAAAAUUUGUGUCCAAACUAUCAACCACCAUCAAGAGAAGUAUUAGCAGGUCGAUUAUUAGACCAAGAGCACUCUAAAAUUAUAGUAAAGCGGGAAGCUAUAUUUCAAGAAUCAAAAAAUUUAACUAUAG